AGAACUAUGCCAUUCAUUCUUGCGAAUGAAAUAUGCGACAGAAUUGCGGGAGUUGGUUUUCAUGCCAACAUGAUAACGUACCUGACACAGGUGCUGAAUUUGCCUCUUGUGAAGGCAUCCAAUACUCUCACCAACUUUGGUGGAACCUCCAGCUUCAUGCCCCUUGUUGGUGCUCUUAUUGCAGAUUCUUUUGCUGGACGAUUCUUUACUAUCAUUGUUGGAUCUAUCAUAUAUGAGUUGGGAAUGAUAAGCAUCACCGUUUCAGCAAUAUUGCCACAACUUCGUCCUCCGCCAUGCCCCACUCAAAAAGACUGCAAGGAGGCUUCAAGCCAUCAACUUUGGGCGCUCUAUGUUUGUCUACUCCUGACAUCUAUUGGUGCUGGAGGGAUUCGGCCUUGUGUUAUUACCUUUGCCGCUGAUCAAAUUGACAUGACAAGGACAAAAGUUGAGGGCCGUAAAUGGAACUUCUACAACUGGUACUAUUUCUGCAUGGGAAUGGCCACUCUAACUGCGCUUACCGUCAUAGUUUAUAUCCAAGAUAAUGUAAGUUGGGCUUGGGGUCUGGGACUUCCUACCAUUACUAUGGGACUAUCAGUUGUUGCUUUUAUUUUAGGGUCCCCUCUUUAUAGAAAAGUAAAACCAGGAGGUAGUCCAUUGGUUAGAUUAGCACAAGUAAUUGCCGCAUGUGUUAGGAAGAGAAAUGCUGUCAUGCCUUCUGAUUCUGCUCUCCUGUACGAGAAUCAACAACUUGAUGCUGUAAUCUCUUGUAAUGGGAGGCUUCUACAUACUGAUCAGUUCAGGGGUAUUGACCGUGCGGCCAUAGUCGACGAUUCUGACAUGAGAGAACCAAACAAACCAAACUUGUGGAGGCUUGCAACUGUGCAUAGGGUGGAGGAACUUAAAUGCAUCCUCAGGAUGCUACCUGUUUGGGCCGCUGGCAUAUUACUCAUCACCAGCUAUUCACAUGUUGGAAGCUUUACCAUCCAGCAAGCACGCACCAUGGAUCGCCACCUGUCUCGCUCAUUCCAAAUCCCUCCCGCCACCAUGUCUGUCUUCACUGUCUCCACUGUCCUUGUGGGGCUCGCUCUAUACGAGCGCGUCUUUGUGCCUUAUAUUCGCAGGUUCACUGGAAACCCCUCAGGGAUCACAUGCCUACAGAGAAUGGGCAUAGGUUUUGCAGUUAACAUCCUUGCCACCAUUGCUUCAGCCCUGGUCGAGAUCAAGCGCAAAGCUGCCGCUGAGCGUCAUGGCUUGCUUGACCAACCAGCUGCCAUCAUCCCCAUCAGUGUGUUUUGGUUAGUUCCUCAGUACUGCCUCCAUGGGAUAGCCGAAGUGUUCAUGUCAGUGGGUCAUCUUGAGUUUCUGAUUGAGCAAUCCCCAGAAAGCAUGAGAAGCACAGCGGCAGCACUCAAUUCGCUGACUUCUGCAGUAGGAAACUACAUGGGCACAUUUGUAGUGUCAUUAGUGCACAACUACACAGGCAAGGAAGGGAACUGGCUGCCCGACCGAAACCUGAAUAGGGGACGAUUGGAAAACUAUUACUGGCUCAUAACUGGUAUACAGGUCCUGAAUUUCGCAUACUAUGUCACAUGUGCUAUGCAUUACAGGUACAAACCUCUAGGAGAACAUAUUGCUACCGAUGAAGCUGUCGUGGAGUUUGGCCUGAAAGAUGAACUUCUCUUGUCUAAUAGUGAUGACAAAGAAGUUGAGCUAUCCAAAAAUGGUAAACUGUAGUCAUUUGAAGGAUUGCAAUAAGUAGAGAACAGAAUAUCAGCUCAAAGAAAGACGUAUGUGUUGUCUAUUUUGCAAAGUACUUUUUCGAAUUCACUUGACAUAUAACUGUUGGAACCCAGCAAACUAGACAAAAAGUAAUUAAUAACAAACUCGAGUCGAGUCAUGUAGAAAUAGGUUAUGUGGGUGAAACUUGAUGAUUGUUUCAUUGAUACAUAUGGGUAUAAAUACACAGAGGUGAU